GGAGCCGGCGCUAGCGGGCUGGGAGCGAGACCCGAGCGCCCACCAGGCGCUCCGUGUGUGCUCUGGGCGACGUCCGUGUGCCGUCUGCUGCCCAGGUGCGGCCCACCACUUCAAUUUGCCUGAGCUCGCAGCCGUGAUGCUGAAAAGGGUGACGAGGCUUGUCCCCAGGGCCUGCCAGUUGGACCCUGGACGUUUUUUGCAUGGGGGGCCCCAGGCCCCCCAAAGCCUUGCUGCUCGCCUAGAUGACCAGGUUCCGGAUGAGAGCCCCAGAGCCGGUUCCCGCCCCAGCGAGGAAGACCCGGCCGGGGCCAGCGAGCAGCGCGAGGGCCGCCACUACCGCAUCCCCCUGCAGGACCUCCCGACCGUCUUCCCCCACGGCCUGCCCCGUCGCUUCGGCCUGCAGGUGAGGACCUUCAAUGAAGCCUGCCUGAUGGUGAGGAGGCCGGCCCUGGAGCUCCUGCGGUACCUGGACGACACCAAUUUCGCUCACCCGGCCGUGCGGUACGUGCUCUAUGGGGAGAAGGGGACAGGAAAAACCCUCAGUCUCUGCCAUGUUGUUCAUUUCUGUGCAAAACGGGACUGGCUGAUCGUGCACGUUCCCGACGCUCACCUGUGGGUGAAGAGCUCCCGGGGCCUCCUGCGCUCGGCCCACAGCAGGCGGCGCUUCGACCAGCCCGUGGAGGCUGCCAGCUGGCUGAAGAGCUUCAAAACGGCCAACGAGCGUUUCCUGAGUCAGAUAAAAAUUCAGGAGACGUACAUGUGGAAUAAGCGAGAAAGCACCGAGAAAGGCCGGCCUCUGGGAGAAGUGGUAGAGCAGGGCCUGACGCGGGUGAAGAAUGCCACGGAUGCCGUUGGGAUCGUUCUCAAAGAGCUCAAGAGUCAGAGUUGCUCGGGUGCUUUCCGUCUCCUGGUGGCGGUGGAUGGAGUCAAUGCUCUCUGGGGAAGGACCACGCUGAAGAGAGAAGAUAAGAGCCUGAUGGCCCCCGAGGAGUUGGCGCUUGUGCACAGCCUGAGGAAGAUGGUGCGAAACGACUGGCACGGAGGCGCCGUGGUGUUGGCGCUGAGCCAGACCGGGUCCCUCUUCACGCCGCGGAUGGCCUAUCUGCCGCAGGAGCUGCUGGGAAAGGAAGGAUUUGAUGCCUUGGAUCCCUUUGUUCCCAUCCUGGUCUCCAGCUACAGCCCAAAGGAGUUUGAAAGCUGCAUCCAGUACUACCUGGAGAACAGCUGGCUGCAGCACGAGAAAGCUCAUACAGAAGAAGGGAAAAAGGAGCUGCUGUUCCUGAGUGACGCCAACCCCGGGCAGCUGGAGCGGCUCUGCGCCUACCUUUAAGCCGCGUCACGGCCCGCGCAGAGGACA